AUGGGGCGACGACACAUCUCGACGAAGCGAUACCUGCUUCUGUCUACGCUCGCUCUCCUCGCCGCGACCGCCAUCGCCCAAACCACAACGGCUGCAAACACCGACGCUGAGACCACCAAGGCUACUACCACGGCUGCCAACACCGAGACCGACGAGGAGACGACGGCAGCAACAGAGACGACCAAGGUUCCGGCGCUGACCAGCGCCGCUACUACUACUACCACCAAAGCUGCAACCACCACGGCAGCGGCCAAUACCCGGACCGUACCGACGCUGCCCACCUCCGCAGGCGCCGUGACCAGCUUUCCCGCGCCCAGUGUUCCGCCCACAAACGAUGCGCCGUUCAUGCAGAAGUCCAGCAUGCCCGAGGGGACCGUAUUCAUUGCUGUCGGCGCCAUCAUGGGCGCCUUUGGCGUCGCCAUCCUGAUAUGGCGCGCCGUCGUUGCCUGCCUACUCCACAGAUCUGUCAAGCGUGCAGCCCUGGCUCAACACAUGGCCAACGACAAGAUGGCUAUCCCUGGCGCUCCUCCUGCUGCGCCUUUCUACAAGUACACGGAUCACGAGUCCCAGGGCUCUCUGGGCGCUGCCGCAGCUGCCGGAGGUCGUGGCGUGCGGAGGACGCAACGCGGGCCCAUUCCCUCUGCCACUCCCAGCCAGACCAACCUGUUCUUUUCCCCGACUGCUGCAAAUACUGGAAAUGGCGGCAACCGAUCCUCGACCUUCCUUCCCUCUGGGUUCUAUGCCGCUGGCCAAGGCGCUCCCCAGCAAGGUCACGACCACGCCAUCAGCCUGACCAACCUGCGGCCAGAGUCGCGCGGCUUUGCUCGUCAUUCGGUUCAUAGCCCACCUGAGUCUCCGGGUCUCACGCCUCGCAAUGACCCCCGCCGUCACCCGCAUAUGAGCACCAGCUCACUGAACCUCAACCAGGUACCUACUGGGCGGGCUCCUAGCAUGUAUCUGGAGGAUCUCUUGGACGAGAACCCACAGCAGUUCCCGCCACCAGGACAUCGUCAAACCUGGGAUCCGUCCAACAACCGGAUAUGA